AACCAGAAGAACAGGACACCAUUCACCUUGAACACCACCCAUCAUCACCCCCGCAUAUACUCACCAUGGCAGCCACAGACGCAUCGACAUCCGCAGUCAUCGGCGUAAACGUCGGACACUCCUUUAGCUCCAUCGCAGCCAUCAACCAGCAUGGCCGCGCAGACGUCAUUGCAGACGAAGACGGAGGAAGACAAUUGGCAACCAGGAUCGCAUUCAACGAGGACCAGGUCUACAUUGGAAACCAGGCAACACCCCAGCUCGUGAGGAACGGACCCAAUGUCAUCGACCAGUUCAUCAACUUGCUCGGUAGGAGCUUCUCUGAGCUGAGCGAUGCCGACAAGAAGCGAGCAUCAGCUCCCGUCAUCGACAACAAUGGAACUCCAUCCUUCAAGGUGCAGAUCAAUGGCGCCGAGACUGUCCUCUCGGCCCACGAAGUUGCCGUCCGCUACAUCAACUCCCUCUUCAACACCGCUCGGGAUUUCCUCUCAGGAGUACCCAUCGCCGGAGCAGUCAUGUCCGUCCCCCUCUCCUACUCUGCUGCUCAGAUCGCAGCUCUCAAGGCAGCCGCGACUGAGGCCGGUCUGAUCGUUCUGCAGAUCAUCUCGGCCCCAGCUGCCGCUGUCGCUGCCUACAAUCUCACAUCACCCCGGGAAGGAGGUUUGCUGCCUCUUCACCCCGAUGGCGAGACCGGCGAGACCUACGAGGUGGGAAGCGAGCUGGAUAGGAACGUCGCAGUGGUGGACAUGGGAGGUUCGUCGACCUCCGUCUCCAUCCUCGCCGCUCGGGCUGGUGUGUACACUCUGCUCUCCUCUGUGCAACAAGCCAACCUUGGGGGUCAGCAGGUAGACGAGGCUCUUGUCAACUACUUUGCCAAGGAAUUCACAAAGAAGACCAAAGUACAGGUCGAGGCUUCAAAUGCUCGAGCUUGGGCAAAGCUGAGGAAUGAGGCAGAAGUGACAAAGAGGGCUCUCAGCGCCUCGCCAUCGGCCCAGUGCGCCGUCGAGAGUCUUGCCGAGGGCGUCGACUUUGCUGGACCGAUCAACAGGAUGAGGCUGGACAUGCUGGCUGGACCUGUGUACGGUCAGGUGAUCAAGAAGGCCGAAGAGGCCCUCAAGUCGGCCGGUCUCGACGCUUGCCAAAUCGACGAGGUCAUCCUUGCCGGUGGAUCGGCUCGGCUGCCUGGUCUGACAAGUCAGCUCAUGUACCUCUUCCCCGAGGAGGGCCACACUCGGAUCACCGCUUCGAUUGACUCAGACCAAGUCAUUGCUCGAGGCUGCGCAGUGCACGCCCAUGCCAUUGCCUCUACUCCUUCUGAUGCUCCAGAGAGGAAACACCUGCUGGACCUGCCCCAGGCUCCCCCUACAGAGAUUGCUGCUCUGAAAGCCCCCACUACCUCGAAGCCCCUCGGACUGGUGCUGCCCGAACCAAAGGGAGCCGUCAAUGGCCUCAGCUCGGCCAUUGUGGAUGGUCAACUCUUCGUCACCCUUCUCCCCGCCUACACCCCUCUGCCAGCAAGGAGAGUCUUUACCCUCCCCGCUUCUGCAGCUGGAAAUGUUCUGCUGAGCUUCGCAGAGGGUACGUCCGAGGUCAAGGUCGAAAAGGUCGUGCGCGCAAAGGACGAUGAUGACGAGGACGAUGACGAGCUGGACGAUGACGAGGAGGACGAGGAAGAGGAGAGGAGGACGUCCAUUGUCAAGGCGGACAAGGCUCGUUUGGCCGAAGUGAGCUACGAGGCAAAGCAAAAGGGAGAGAAGAUUCGAGUGCAGAUUGUAGCUGCUGCGGAUGGAGCUGUACAGAUUACCGUGGGAGAUGCAGAGGGACAGAAGACGGUCAGUCUGCCUGCUCCCUGAGUGGAAGGAGGGGCGGUAAGCAUUCAGCGCCAGAGCGAUUGAGCGGGAUUAGAGUAGACUCCUCUCCUCCCUCCUUCCUUGCUCGACUCCACUCCAUGUCCAUCCUUCCCUUUCGUCAGUCACUGUAGAGGUAGUAGACGCUUUCCCCUUGUUCUUAUAGACUUAGACCGAGGGACGCACCAAAACCCCCCACCCCCAGACGACGUGUAAUACACUCUCUUCUGCAUCCUCUUCCAGACCAGAUGAGCGACAUUCCAGCUCUGCCCAGACUACCCUUUGUUGUGCGUCUGCCUGUGCCUCUACCGUCGACUGUAAUCUGUAGCGAAAGACGCACCACCCAGACGCGCUGUAAGAGUUGGGAUC